AUUAUGGGUAAUCUACUUGUUUCGUCUUCUUCUUCUUCUUCUUCCUCGUCCUCGUCCUCGAAUUCGAGUACUCCUGCUCGAAAGUACACCCGCUCUUUGUUCCCCUUCCACAGUAGUUUAAUGAGCUGGAGAAACCCUGUUUUCCAUUUCAAACUUCUGAGGGUGUUGGAUUCUCUCCUCCCAUGUGAGAUAGAACAACUAGUUCUGUUGAGGUACCUGGAGCUAAGUUGUGUCACGUCUCUCCCAGCUUCAAUAUCCGAUCUGUGGAAUUUAGAAACCCUUGUCGUUUCUUCAUUUCUGUUGAUGUCUGGUUUUUACUUACCCCAUAGUAUUAGGAAGAUGGUAAAAUUGAGGCAUGUACGUGUUACUGCACGUUUGCAUGAUAUUGAUAUCGAAAGUCCAGAUAACCUUGUUGACUAUCCUUUAUUCAUGGAUAACUUACAAACUUUGUCGUGGAUAAAUCCUUGGUCUUGCACAGAUGUCUUGGCUAGGUCUCCUAAUCUUAGAAAGUUGGGACUCCAAGUCUCUGAGUGCGGUUAUACAGAUGGGAGAUUAUCUCUACUUCCAAAUUUAGACUUUCUAAACCAUGUCCAAGAGUUGAAGGUCUCUACGUUAUUUAUAAGUGGGCAUUAUCUUGCAAGAGCUAAGUUUCCCCCAAACCUUACCAAGUUAACUUUGAAGGGGAUCUGUCUAAAUUCUGGUGACAUGUCGACCCUCGCCGAGUUACUACCCAACCUGGAGGCUCUAAAGUUAUCGCAUUUUACCCUCGAAGGGUUAUGUUGGGAAGCAAGUGGGGUUUUCCCUAAACUCAAGUUCUUGAAAUUCGCAUCAAUUGAGAUUUUGUGGUGGGUUGCCUCCAGUGAUCACUUUCCAAGUCUUGAGCGACUAGUGUUAGAACGAUGUUCUCUGCUCGAAAAGAUCCCAUCUGAGAUAGGAAAUAUACUGACGCUGAAGACGAUUGAGUUACAUGGGUGGGGCAACCCGUCUCUUGCUUCUUCUGCCAGGCAAAUUAAGGAAGAGCAAGAGAGUCUAGGAAACAAUGGCUUGCAAAUUAAGAUGUUCAAGUAAAGAAGGGGAUGACACAAUGAAGCUCAAUCACUAUCGAAACGAGGUUUGCUCCUCUCUCCCUAGCUCGCUUUUUAUGAAGCUAGAUUCUUGAAAAUACUUUAAAAUUUGCUGUUUUGAAAAACAUUAUGAG